UUACCGAAAGUUUCCGAAGGUGACGCCGCGCGCACGACCGAAGGGGACCAGAAAUGAGUGUCUGUGCGCGAGUGCUAAACUGAGCGGAGGUGAAGAAGAGGAGGAUGAAGCUUAGAGGGGAGGAUGAGAGGAAGAGUAUAGAAAGAGACGAGCUAACUAAGUGUAAAUGAGUGAGUGAAUGAGGAAGAAAGAAGACGGGUCUUCCGAGGGGCCAAAUUAAAGGACUUGGUGUUUUUGGGACGAGCUCCUCUGCUUUAAUAACGGAAACUUUCAACUUUUACCCGCGACAGCUUCGUCUGUUGUGCCUGGAACCGGCUUUGUUUCACGACGGGGGUGUCUACGAUAAAUGACGGAAUAAAAUUAACCCCCGUUGAUAUCUCGACCCGAGAGGGGAAUACCCUGGGAGUGAUUUUUGAUAAAAGUUAGCAGAGGAUGGCGGCCAACAUGUACCGAGUGGGAGACUAUGUGUACUUUGAGAACUCCUCCAGUAACCCUUAUCUGAUUCGGAGAAUAGAAGAACUCAAUAAGACGGCCAAUGGGAACGUUGAAGCAAAAGUGGUGUGUCUGUUCAGAAGACGAGACAUCUCAGGCAACCUCAAUACUCUGGCUGACAGUAAUGCAAGAGAGUUUGAGGAAGAGUCCAACCAGCCCAGCCUGGCGGAACAGCAGAAGCACCAGCUCAAACACAGGGAACUCUUCCUGUCCCGACAGUUUGAAUCCCUACCUGCCACUCACAUACGAGGAAAAUGUAACGUGACGCUUCUCAAUGAAACUGAUGUCCUGGCUGGUUACUUGGAGAAAGAAGACUGCUUCUUCUACUCGUUGGUGUUUGACCCAGUACAGAAGACGCUGUUGGCAGACCAGGGGGAAAUUCGUGUAGGCUCCAAAUACCAGGCAGAGAUUCCCGACAUGCUAGCUGAAGAUGAAACGGAUAGCCGAGUCCAGGAGAAGCUAGAGACUAAGGUGUGGGACCCCGACAACCAGCUCAAAGACCCACAGAUUGACCAGUUCUUGGUAGUUGCCAGGGCUGUUGGGACUUUUGCUCGAGCUCUGGACUGUAGCAGUUCAAUCCGUCAGCCCAGCCUCCACAUGAGCGCGGCUGCAGCUUCCAGAGACAUCACACUGUUUCAUGCCAUGGAUACACUGCAGAAGAACAACUACGACCUGGCCAAGGCCAUGUCCACGCUGGUGCCCCAGGGCGGCCCGGUUCUGUGUCGUGAUGAGAUGGAGGAAUGGAGCGCCUCUGAGGCCAUGCUGUUUGAAGAGGCUCUGGAGAAAUACGGCAAAGACUUCAACGACAUCCGCCAAGACUUUCUUCCCUGGAAGUCUCUAGCAAGUGUGGUGCAGUUCUACUACAUGUGGAAGACCACCGACCGCUACAUCCAACAGAAACGACUAAAGGCAGCAGAGGCGGACAGCAAGCUCAAACAAGUGUACAUACCAACCUACACCAAACCCAACCCCAACCAGAUCAUGGUGCCGGGCAGCAAGCCGGGAAUGAACGGAGCAGCAGGCUUUCAGAAAGGCCUGAGCUGUGAGAGCUGCCACACGGCUCAGUCUCCUCAGUGGUACGCCUGGGGUCCUCCCAACAUGCAGUGCAGACUGUGCGCCUCCUGCUGGAUCUACUGGAAAAAAUACGGAGGCCUGAAGACCCCCACUCAACUAGAGGGGGCCACGAGAGCGGGCUCUGAGGCGGGCCCCCGCGCCCACAUGACCCGCCAAGAAGUCCAGGGCCUGUCCCCUUUCACUCGCAACGAGGGCCGAGCCAAGCUGCUGGCCAAGAACCGCCAAACGUUCAUCCUUCAGACCACAAAGUUGACCCGCGUGGCGCGGCGUGUGUGCGAGGACAUUCUGCAGCCGCGGCGUGCUGCCCGCCGCCCCUACGCCCCCAUUAACGCAAACGCCGUCAAAGCUGAGUGUACGAGCCCAUUAGGCAUGAUCCGGCUGCCCAAAGCCACAAAGACCCCUGCAAAGAGCAAGUCUGUACCUCGCCAGUCACUAGCCAACAUAGUGAAAGAGUUAGCCAUUUCUGCUCCGCUGAAGCUGAAGGCGUCCAGAGGACCGCCAACGCCCAUCAACAGGAACCAGGCCAGCCAGCCGCGAGUAGCCCAAAGCCUGCUGGGAAAGAGAGGCUUCGACAGCGCGGCGGGGGCGGCGUUCCCAGCCAACGGACGGCCGUACACAUCAGGGAUGAGAACCACCUCCCAGUCGGUCAUCAAGCGGCAGAAGGUCAGCCAGGGUGAGGCUCCCAACCCCGUUGUGUUUGUCGCCACAAAGGACACCAGGGCCCUCAGGAAGCACCUGACCCAGUCCGAAAUGCGCAGAGCAGCCAGAAAGCCCCACCUCCUGGUCCGGAUCAAGCUACCGCCGCCGCCGCCCCGCUCCGUGCCCCUGCUGCCCUCCAGCACCAGCGAGACUAUCGUCCUGGAGGACUGAAGGGGGGCGGGUGGAGUUCCUGAGGGUGGGGGGGGCUGUGUUCACAAUUGUCUUAUUCCCCCUGAUUUUAGUCCCGUUUUUAUUCUUGACCCUUUAUUCCAUCCCUCAGUGAGACAGACUUUUCUAGCAUACCUUUUCUCUGUCACGCACACACGCGUACGUAGAUGCACGCCGACACGCCCCGCCGCCGGGGUUUGGGGCCGUUCGACGGCAGAUCAUCCUCCUUUUUUUAUGUCCCCCGUUUUAAUGUAUAAUUUAAUGCAGAGUAUCUUGUUUUGAAGCCACGGUGGGAGAGAACGCCGUCUUCACGCUUGGGUCUGACGCGGCGAUGCCGGUCAUGAGGCAGCAGGGGGGGGGGCAUCAGAUGUUUCCCUUCAGUAUUUCAGCGGUUCGGACCCCAGACCACAUCCAGACCCACAGACCCGUUUCACAUACGUCUCUCGUCUUUGCAGCUUCCUUUACGUGGAAGCUUUGAAAACGUCAGAAUAGCGCCUAGAAAAGAGAUUUAGCAGAACGGAGUCGAUGUUUUUUAGUGCGCACAGCAAGUUGUGCCCACUGAAACAAACUGAGGGCUGAGUGUCGGAUCAUAUCCGUGUUUUCUGUCCCGGAUCUCCAGCACCAUCAGUGGGCUUAGCGACCCUUUAGAACUGGUCUAGCAGGUCCACACGUGUUUUUUUAGACAUGCCAGUCUACAGACUUUCUUAGCUGAUGUGUUUUUUUUAGUACAGGGUGUGUCCGACCCGUCAUUCUCAAAGUCUGGACCAGCUGCUGGAGUCGGACCGGCGGCGUCACGCUCCAACACUCGGACUCUAAAGGAUCCGUUUACCUGCUUUCCACGCCGGUGUUUUUUGGUACUUUGCUUCAUUUUGCUAAGAAACCCAAAAAAAAAAGUCUCACUGCCACACAGAAGACGGGGUUCAGAACGGCGGCGGCGUUCAGGGAGCAGUUUCUUUUCUACCACGGAUCCGCCGUGUUCCAGAAAACACAAAACAAACCCUCAUGUGAAACAUUCAAUUUGGGCCAAACGCUGUUUUUCUUACACGAACAUUUCAGUCGAAGCAAUCGACCCGGAAGCGAGGCUUCUGUCAGCGAAUGUCCCUCCACCCCAGCUGGUUCUGACCCUCUGCCUGUACAGCCGUUACAGUUCUACGAUGUGAUUGGAUGAUCCAAUACCUGAGGUACCAUCCAUGUCUAAGCAAUUCCACUGAUUUUUAUGAGUGCACUUGGCCUCUAAAUCCAAUCCUUUGGGGUCAAUACGGUCUCACAAAAGAAAGGAAGGAAGGAAGGAAGGAAGUGGCCGUUUGAUUUUUCUAACUCUGCUCCGGUUCUGGAGGUGGAUGCCGUCCGUCUCCGUGGCGACUUGAGCCGGCUGAACAUCAUGAAACACUCAAAGGGACUUUGUGCUGAUUUUUGUAAAGUCGGACGGACAAACCUGCUCCAACUGAAACUUUUGCCCCAGUUUUUAUGAUCCUGUCUGUACCUGGAAAUAUAUCUUGAUAAGAAUAAAGAUUUUCUCCAUGGUUUAACAGGA